GAUAGUCGUAUUCGGGAUAUAUAUUUUCUUGAUUACUAAUUACGCCUAUAGUAUCUGAUACUGACUGGAUCAGAAUGAAUUUACGGAUAUGUAAGAAACGAAUAGGAUACUCAUCAGUUACAUUAUUAAUAUGUAUGUGCGUUCUAUUCGCGUGGUACUUAAGCACAUCAGAAUUAUCCGACAUCAAAAGAAAUGGCGUUUCAGAUUUAAAACAUAUAAACUAUUUUAAAAGGAGGUUCGAAGAUUCUGAUAGAGUUGAUUCUGGUAAUUUAAAGGAUGGGAACUAUCUUAAAAGUAAUAAUUAUGUCUCGGUGGAACAUGGAGAUCAAGUCCAAGACGUAAAACAAAGGCAUUCGGCCAUAGAAAGACACCACCCACUGUCAUCAACGAUACCAGUAUAUAUUGUAGAGGAGCAUCACGAAGUAAUACCAUAUUGGUUUAUGGCGGCCAAGGAUGGAAGAUUACCAACUCGUGGCAAUGUAAUGGUUCAUAUAGAUGGCCACCCGGAUACCUCAAUACCAAAAUACCCUAUAGGUGCCAAAAUAUUUCAACAUCCCAAAACGGAACAUCUUUAUAAACAGAUGAUGAUGAGCAAUGACCAGUUCAUAAUGGUGAGUUACCGUCAGUGUUUUCUGGAUUCAUUUCAAGAAUGAUAUGGAUUUACCCAUCUUGGAACAAUGAUUUUGGUAAAGAUAGAAAUGUUUUGAUAGGGUUCGGCUAUGCUUUUAAUCGUACUUAUAAAGAUGAAUUCCCACUCUGCGUUUGUUACGAUCAAAUGGAAUGCCACCAUGUAAAUAGAGAAGAGUAUUCAUAUCAGUAUCCCCAUAUACUUCAAACUGAUUGCGCGAUAAAACAGAUAGUUAUAUCCGAGGAAAUAUCAGAUGCCAAAGCUGAGGAACUAUCCCAAUCUGGAGAUUGGAUUCCAUCAACAGAUAACGUCUUCUUUGAUAUCGACGAAGAUUAUUAUGGUUGUCAAGCUGCGGUACAACCAUUAUUGGAUGUAAAAAUAAGCGAGGAUUACAUAGAUGACAGUUUGGUUCCUGCCAUUAUGAACAUAUUUUGUCCAAGAGAUGCUAAAUCAGAGCAAGGUGUGGAUAAGAUUUAUUAUAAUUUACUACAUCGUCUAUCUGAUAGAUCUUCUGGGAAGAAACUACGGACUGAACAACGAAAUGAAAUCGUGGAACACACUCUACAGGACAUAAAGAAGGGUAAUUUAAUGUCAGAAUUAUGUAACCCGUCGACUGUAGAUCAUGAACUAAAGGGGUUAAUUGAAACUUUGAGUAUUUUGGAUAAACAACAAUUAAAGGCUUUGGCUGAUUUAGGCAUUUGUCUACAGACCACGCCACGAGCGUACAGCUUCAACCGCAUGGAUGGCAUGAAACUGUGCGAUGGUAACAAUCGACCUGGUAACGGAAGUGCCGUAUUCUUUUAUACUCCUACUUUGAAUGAAAUAAACAAACGGACAGAUCAGUUAUAUGUUAUAUUGAGAACACUUCCGGAGCCGAAAUUUGUCAGUUUGUGUCGAUCUUCGAGAGAUGGAUAUGUUCCUGGUCAAUUUGUAUCUAAAAUAGAGACGGAUAUUAUUCAGACUCUUGGUAAAGUGUUUCCUAAUAUAACGGAAAGCUCCGUACAUUAUGAUGCUGAAUUACACGGUGGACCAAAAGGCUGGUACAACAGACAUCCUGAAACCCCUUGGUAAAAAUAUUAGAGCAGUGAAUUAUGUCAAUAAACUCGGUGCUCGUAUUAAAAAAACAUUAAUGAAAUAAUUAAUUUUACAGAAUCUCCACAAGCAGUAGCUAAAAUAUUCGUCUGUGAAUGAGGAUAAAAUGUUCACAAUAAGUGGUGUAUCAAGACGGCCUGCCUCGAAAAAUUUCGAAAACGAGAAGCCCAGAAAUGCCAUGUGAUAUGAGACAAGAAUCCGGUUCUAAACUAAUGAACCUCGGUUCAGGUAGAGACAGUCAGUAGGAAUAAUUUCUUCGAGAACUCAUGAAAAGCACAAAGAGACAAAAUUCGGAAAAUUAGUUUAUUAAAACACCUGACUCCACGCUCCCCUUCCUUCCCCCACUAGAUCCGGCCUUGUUUAUAAUAUACCACAUGUUACGUCUACAGGUAAACUUUGUCAGCAGUGAAAUAAACCAUAGUAAUUGUCAUUCCAUAAAAAAAAUAUUAAUUGAUUAUUUCCCAAUUACUAACUACCAUUUAAAGAAUAUAUAAAGCCGGUGUUCAGAUCUGGCAGAUGGUGUGUUUCACUGUACUGUUAACACAGUAAGGACCAACUAACAGAAAGUUUAACGUUUUUUGAUGACCUCGUGUGAGCAAAGUUGCCCCCUCUGUCAGCGUUCCUGAGAUUGAAAUGCUAUUAAAUAAUACGUGGGUUAGAUUAACUGUUAGCACCUUAGUUAUGCUUAUAUAAUUACGAGGAUAUUUUUUACAAGGAUAUUAAGAAACUGGAUGGAUUCAGUUAGAUUCCAUGGCAUGGGGCUGAUUUAUGGUAUUUCAAAAAUCGAACUGUUCAAAGAUAUAAGGUCUGAGUAGUGUUUGGGGUCAAAAUAUCUACCUGGAGAAGACUGUAUGUUGCUUAAAUAAAUUGUGCGUACAUUGAACUCAGACGGUAUACAUCCGUGUGGUAUAGUAGUGAAUUCAUUACUGAAAAUCUGCUAUUCUUUAAUUGGUUGCAACUAGUGCUGAUCAGAUAUCUUCAGAAUUGGACAUUGAUGCUUGACAUGCUUGGUUUGUUGUUGAAUAGUCCGAGAUAGGGUAUGAGGAAAUCUAACGCCAGCUUUGGAAGGGAAGAUACAUGGAUUUAUCUACCUCUGCUGCGUUACAACAAAGAUGUGGAUUAAUUUUGGACGGAACAAUAACUGAUGGCCAACCUAUAUGAAACGAAUAUGAAUUACUUUAUACAUUACGUAAGAUUUGGAUAAAGAACUGGUAAUAGGUAAUGCAAAAUAAAUAUAUUGAAAAUUUCAUUCAAA